AUGCUGUGUGCCUUACUCCGCACUUCCCGCUUCCCCUUGCGCUGCUUUUCGACAUCUGCAACUCGUCACGAGAUCAAAGACAUCGGAUCUUUACCGGGGCGUUUGCUACCAACGUAUCAAGAAUCUUGCGAUGGGGAACUUCUUUCUCUUCAGUGGCACGCACCGCCGCGCAACAUUUUCCUAGUGCGCAAAGACUGCGCCCCAGCAGUCACCGACUCUCUGGUUGAGUUUGUCAGCCACAUAUCCUCGACCUACCCCUCAAUAUCCGUGAUCCUUGAGUCUAAAACUGCCGCCGAGGUACAUUCCUCCCUUCCGUUCCCCGUCUACGCAGUUUCGCUCGACGAGAAGUCGACUGUCCUCCACGACAAGGUUGACCUCACAGUCACACUGGGUGGGGAUGGUACUAUUCUGCAUGCAGCCUCGCUUUUUGCGACCUGCUCAAAUGUUCCUCCCGUGUUAUCCUUUAGCAUGGGCACGUUGGGCUUCUUGAGUGAAUGGAAAUUCUCGGAGUACAAGCGAGCCUUCCGAGAAGUCUACAUGUCUGGUGCCGGCGCUGGAGAUCGCACGCCGGUGUUGGAAAAGCCUUCAGCAGCAGAGGGCCCAGAGCCAGAGGGCCCGACCGGGUGGUCGUCGGUCCGGGGCAAGUCCAUGGGCUCUACUCGCGGGGCUCGUAUUCUUAUGCGCAAUCGACUAAAAGUCGGUCUGUUCACUGCAGAUGGAAUUGAAACGACACCCAUACGAACCAAAAGCGACAAGGGUCAGGGGGUGUAUGUAAUGAACGAGCUCCUCAUCCACCGUGGUAAGGAGACGCACCUAGCCGUGGUGGAUGUGUUUGUGGGUGGGCGGUUCCUGACUGAAGGCGUGGCCGACGGUAUCAUAAUUUCAACCCCGACGGGGAGUACAGCAUACAGUCUCAGCAGCGGGGGUAGUAUUGUACAUCCACUGGUGCCCUCCAUUCUGCUGACCCCAAUCUGCGCGCGUAGCCUUAGCUUCCGCCCCCUGGUUCUUCCUUCCAGCACCCCAAUCACAUUGCGGCUGAGUGAGAAGAACCGGGGUCGAGAACUGGAGGUUAGUUUGGACGGAGUCAAUUUAGGCCAAGGGAUGGGUGUUGGCAUGGAGGUCCGAGUGUGGAAUGAGGAGAUGAGGCAUGGUAAGAAUGAGUGGCAGGGGGGUGUUCCCAGUGUGAUGCGGCGCAGUGUGGGCUGUGAGGCACACGAGGGGUGGGUAGGGGGGCUGAAUGGGCUGUUGAAAUUCAAUCAUCCCUUUGGUGAGCAAUGA